AUGCCAGCCGCCCGCGCCGUGCUUCUCCUGUCGCUGGCCGUGGCCUGGUGUGACGCCAGUUCGUGUCCUCUCGUGCCUCCACAUGGACUUCCAUGGAACUACCACGACUUUGACUCGUGGAAGGACGUCCCCAACUCGCGCUGCGCAGAGGAGAGCAGGCAGCAGUCUCCCAUCGACGUGUAUGGUGAGCACUGUGAAGAUGACUUCUUUAAGCCGUGGGUGAGGAAGAACAGCGACAAAUGGGAUGUUAUCGUUACCAACGAUGGCAGAACGCUCAAGAUGAUGUUCGACUGUUUCGGACAAGUUGCUGACAACGGCGCUCAUGGUCCGCUGACUCUGAUCUCCAAUGUUGUGGAGGAGGAAGGCUACGACUAUGACCUGGCAGAAAUUCACUUCCACUGGGAUGAGCACGGCGAAGAAGGCUCCGAACAUGCCGUCGAGGGAGAGAGGCGUGCCGCCGAAGUGCACUUGAAGUUCAAGCACAUUGCCCUGGCUGGCGUUCCAUUCCAUGUGGCGAGAGAACAAGAAGGAGCGCUGCAUGCGUUGGGCAUUCUUCUCACUGAUGACAGGCACUUCCACGGCCACAUGCAUUUUCCAACGUUCCACCUCGAGAAAGACAUGCAUCAUGUACGCAAAUACUCAUCAAGCUACAGCAAAGAGAUCCACAUCGAUGAGCUGAAGGACGUUCUGGACACGGCUCUGGAGAACGUGUACAGGUACAUCGGCAGUCUGACCACGCCGCCUUGCACCCUGGGCCUUCCCUGGCUGGUUGCCACCAAGCCAGCAAAGGUCUCGUCAUCAUUCCUGCACCAACUGAGGAAGCUGCGGGACGAGCAUGGCCACCACAUGCACCGUAACCACCGGCCUGUUCAGGAGCGCAGAGAUGAGCUCCUGAUAUGCCGACACGAAGGAUAG